AUGGGUAAUUGCAUAGUUCUUCAAGAAAAAGUUGUCAAAGUGAUGAAAACAGAUGGAAAAAUUCUUGAAUACAAAGCUCCCAUAAAAGUCCAUCAAGUGUUAUCACAAUAUUCUGGCCAUGUAAUAUCUAAUUCCCUUCAAGUCAUUGAUCAAAAUCUUCAGCCAGAUGAUGACAUGCUAGGUGGAAGAAUUUAUUAUCUUUUGCCUAUAUUACCUCCAAAACCAGCCACUAAAAAGAAGGUCAAGUUUGCUGAUGAUCAAUUAGUUGAAGACAAAACUAAGCAAAAUACAGAGGUUGUAAGGAUUAAACUUGUCAUUACUAAAAAAGAGCUUCAAGCUCUGUUAAUGAGUGUUGAAGGAGGAUUAAUCACAGUUGAUCACAUCCCGCAUCGUACAAAUGACAUCAAGAGUUCUGUUAUUGAAGAUAAUACGGAUCGAGGUAAAGGAUGGAAGCCUGUUCUUGAUGAUAUACCGGAAUUUGACUAG